AAUUUUGAAUAACUUCUGCCAAAACCAAACUGUCAGUCUCAGUAACCAAAGAUAAACUGAACUCAGUAAUGAAAAAUUGUUGACGUUUCGGUAAAAUAUUUUUACUCGUUCGAUAUUUUUGUUCGAUUCGUGUUGAGAGCAAUUUUUCUAUUUUUUAAACAAAAUUUAAGCGAACAAUGUGAGUGAAUCCAAAAAAAGUCUCUUAAUUUAAAUCAAUAAAGUGCAAAACAUUUUCAACGUUUUAAGAGAAAAGGUUUAAAAUUUCAUAAUGGACGACGAUAUCUCUUCGGAGAAUAGCGUUAACAGUAUUUUGAACAAUGAAGUUGAAGAUUCAGAUUUGAAUUUUGCUGAGAUGUGUGUUCAAUCGGAAUCCUUCAUACACAAUAUGACUUUCCCUAAUAAUGAGCUUCCAAACGGUUUUCAAUACAAUGGUUCGCAAGAAUGCUUUUACAACUUAAUUCCCAAUGAAGCCUGUCCACAAUCUUCUUCUUCCAAUUGCAAGAAUGAUUUGAAAUCUGUGGGAUCCAAUCCUUUUAUAAAUUUUUUGCGGGAUUUCAGAUUGGAUCAUAAAGAUAUGGCAGUUAUAAACGCCGUACAGUGUGGCGCAGCAGAGUGGAGAAAUUUAGAAACGGCUACUAAAUUGGCGUAUUUCAAAGAGGCAUUUGUAGCCAACGGGGGAAAUGUAGAUGAAGAAGCAUGUGAUGAUAUGAAUGCAAGUGGAGAGGAGCUUGUUGAUGAUAACUGUAGUGAAAUGUUUAAUGAAAUAAGAUCACCUCCAAUUCGCUCUGCUGUUGCCAAACCGAAACGCUGUAAAAAACGUAAGCGUGGAAAGCGCGCUGAAAAGCGUAAAGUACUUGGUCAACCGGGACGUAAAGCCUGCAAACGUCGUUAAAACCGUAGCUAAUGCGAUAUAGUAUAUAAUAAAUUACUAUAUCACAACUAAGAAUAUGAAACUAACAACUAUUGCAGACUAUCAAUUUAAAAUUCUAGUAUUUAAAAAAUCCUAAUGAUGUAUAUUGAUACAGUGAUUAACAUUUUGAAUAA